AGCGGGAGGCGGCGGAGGAGAGGCGGGCAGGCGCGCACCUAGGGAAGCCUUCUUUUGGGCAGUGAGAGCCGGCGAGCGGGCGAGGAGGCGGGCGGGAGGCGGCGAGCCUGCGACGAGGAGAGGCGUGGAGAGGAGAGCCGGGCGCGGAGGACAUUCGUGGGGGGAGGCGCCGGCUCUGCUCGCGGAGAGAGACCUGAGAGGCGGCGCGAGGCGCCCGCGCAGCCGGGGGGACCCCUUGCGCGCGGAGCAUGAGCCGGCGCCCGGCUGGAGAGCGGCCGGGGGAGGCGGCCUCGGCGCAGCCCUGAGACGCUGGGCUGGGGCUGGGCCACCGUGCGCCCGGGGCGCUGGGCCCGGCAGGGGGGCGGGGGCUGGGUGCGGAGCGGCCCGCGCUGGCGGCGGCCGCCCGGGCGCCACGCCAUGGGGAGCCCUCGGGCCGCGCUGCUCCUGCUGCUCCUGCGCCCGGUCAAGCUGCUGCGGAGGCGCUUCCGGCUGCUGCUGGCGCUCGCCCUGGUGUCCGUGGGGCUCUGGACUCUUUAUCUGGAACUGGUGGCGUCGGCCCAGGUCAGCGGGAACCCUCUGAACCGGAGAUAUGGCAGCUGGCGAGAACUGGCCAAGGCUCUGGCCAACAGGAACAUUCCGGCUGUGGAUCCAAAUCUCCAGUUUUAUCAUCCCCAGAGGCUGGGCCCCAAGGACCAAGAUGUGGAGCAAGGUGAGAGUGGUAACUACAGCUACCUGAAAUGGAAUAAGCCUGUCCCCUGGCUCUCGGAGUUCCGGGGCCGCGCCAACCUGCAUGUGUUUGAGGACUGGUGUGGCAGUUCCAUUCAGCAGCUCAGGAGGAACCUCCACUUCCCACUGUACCCCCAUAUUCGCACAACCCUGAGGAAGCUGGCCGUGUCCCCCAAAUGGACCAACUAUGGCCUCCGCAUCUUUGGCUACCUGCACCCCUUCACCGAUGGGAAGAUCCAGUUUGCCAUUGCUGCAGAUGACAACGCUGAGUUCUGGCUCAGCCGGGACGACCAGGUGUCAGGCCUUCAGCUGCUGGCCAGUGUGGGCAAGACUGGAAAAGAGUGGACCGCCCCUGGAGAGUUUGGGAAAUUUCGGAGCCAAAUUUCCAAGCCAGUGAGGUCUCUGCUCUCUCCUGCCAGCCUGGCGGCCUCCCAGAGGUACUACUUCGAGGUGCUGCACAAACAGAACAACGAGGGCACGGAUCAUGUGGAAGUCGCGUGGCGACGGAAUGACCCUGGAGCCAAGUUCACCAUUAUUGACUCCCCUUCCCUGUCCCUCUUCACAAAUGAGACAGUCCUAAGGAUGGAUGACGUGGGCCAUAUCCCUCAGACAGCAGCCAGCCAUGCAGGCUCCCGAGACUCUCUUCCCAGAGAGGAGCUGCCCCUUGCAGACAUGCUGCGGCCCGACCCUCGAGACACCCUCUAUCGAGUGCCUCUGAUCCCCAAGACUCAUCUCCGCCACGUCCUGCCCGAUUGUCCCUAUAAACCCAGCUACCUGGUGGAUGGGCUCCCCCUGCAGCGCUACCAGGGACUCCGCUUUGUGCAUCUGUCCUUCGUUUACCCAAAUGACUAUACCCGCCUGAGCCACAUGGAGACACAUAAUAAAUGCUUCUACCAGGAAAACUCGUACUACCAGGACCAGUUCAGCUUUCAGGAGUACAUCAAGAUUGACCAGCCUGAGAAGCAGGGGCCGGAGCAUCCAGGUUUUGAGGAAAGCCUUCUAGAAGAAUCCCAGUAUGGAGAAGCAGCAGAGGAGACCCUUGCCUCCAAUGUCCAGAAUGCCAGGAUGCCAGAGGGAAGACAAGUGCCUACCUUUCCCCCCGGGCAGGAUGUCACUGACUACCACCUCCGGAGCCUGCGGAAGCUCCUCGCUCAGCCCCGGGAGGGUCUGCUGGCAGCGUUUUCCAAGCAGAACCCCACAGCUCCUUUCCCUGGGAGGACCAGCGAUGUCCCAGUCCAGCAACCAGAGAAGAGGGAGCGAAGACCUAGCCCCGAGCCCAGCCAAGAUCCACCUCACUCUGAGAAGUGGCCCCCGGGGCAUCCGACGGGGCAAGUGCCUGCUGUCAAGGGGCCGAGGCUCAGUAGUGGCCGUCCCAGGAAGACACUAGGGCAGUCCCAGUGGCUGAAUCAAGUUGAGACAUACAUCGCAGAGCAGAGAAGGGGAGACAGGAUGGAGCCCGCAGCCCCCGGGAGGGGUUGGCAUGGUGAGGAAGACAUCGUGGUUGCUGCAGGCCAGGAAGGGCGGAUGGAGGGAGAAGAGGGGGACGAAGACGAGGAAGAGGAAAUGAGUGAGGUAUUCGAGGACGUGCCCGCGUUUGACCCAGUGGUAAACUGGGACCAGACCUUCAGUGCUCGCAACCUUGACUUCCAAGCCCUGCGGACCGACUGGAUCGAUCUGAACUGUAACACGUCUGGCAACCUGCUGCUUCCAGAGCAGGAGGCUCUCGAGGUCACACGGGUCUUCCUGAAGAAGCUCAACCAGAGGAGCCGGGGGAAGUACCAGCUACAGCGCAUUGUGAAUGUGGAGAAGCGCCAGGACCAGCUACGUGGAGGUCGCUACCUCCUGGAGCUUGAGCUGCUGGAACAAGGCCAGCGCCCAGUGCGGCUCUCCGAGUAUGUGUCUACACGAGGCUGGCAGGGCAUCGAUCCAGCUGGUGGGGAAGAGGUCGAGGCCCGGAACCUGCAGGGCCUGGUUUGGGGCUCACACAACCGUCGGAGACAUGUCUUGAAUGUCCGGGCCCCAGAGCCCAAACUGUGUUGGCCCCAGGGCUUCUCCUGGAAUCACCGAGCCGUGGUCCACUUCGUUGUGCCUGUAAAGAACCAGGCGCGCUGGGUGCAGCAGUUCAUCAGGGACAUGGAAAAGCUAUUCCGGGCCACCGGCGACCCACACUUCAAUAUCAUCAUCACUGACUACAGCAGUGAGGACAUGGACAUCGAGAUGGCCUUAAAGAGGUCCAAGCUGCGGAGCUACCAGUAUGUGAAACUGAGUGGAAACUUCGAGCGCUCGGCUGGGCUUCAGGCUGGCAUAGACCUGGUGAAGGACCCGCACAGCAUCAUCUUCCUCUGUGACCUCCACAUCCACUUCCCAGCUGGAGUCAUCGAUAGCAUCCGGAAGCACUGUGUGGAGGGCAAGAUGGCCUUUGCCCCCGUGGUGAUGAGGCUGCAUUGCGGGGCCACCCCCCAGUGGCCUGAGGGCUACUGGGAGGUGAAUGGGUUUGGACUGCUCGGCAUCUACAAGUCGGACCUGGACAGAAUCGGCGGCAUGAACACCAAGGAGUUCCGAGACCGCUGGGGCGGGGAAGACUGGGAGCUGCUGGACAGGAUCCUCCAAGCGGGCCUGGAAGUGGAACGGCUCUCCCUCAGGAAUUUCUUCCAUCACUUCCAUUCCAAGCGAGGCAUGUGGAACCGCCGUCAGAUGAAGAUGCCGUGAUCCCGAGGGGCGGCCCGCUGGACUGACCGCUUCCCGCUCCCUGACUUGCACUGGCUUCCCAGUGCCCCUGCUCGCCGCUGAGGAGGAGCAGGCGGUGGCGGGGAGAAGCCAUGGCUGGGCCCCGAGAGGCCUCAAAGCGAACGGCAUCACUCCACCCAGAGCUGUCGCCUCACACAGAUGGCUGCCAAGUCCCCUCUCUCUACUCUGGGGGCCGCUGAAGGGAGGACCUUGGGAGAGGGACGACCGGGAGGGGCCGUUCACUCAGUUGACAGAGAUGGACCGGCUCCUGGCAAAGGUGGCACAGUUCACUCAAGGAAGGAAAGACCUGUUUGCAUGCUCCCGACCUAUCUGUGAGGUGCAUUCAGCAUCCCCUCCAGCUCCUUCCGGGGAGUAGUGACCACGACCUGGAAACCCUUCUCUUGGACAUAUUUUAUUGGGGUUUUUAUUUUUCUAACAGAAAACCAAAACUGUACCAGUCCAGACCCAGCCUUGACUGUGAGAGUCAUGAGGAUGAGAAUGGAGUCAUGCAGUUAGGGCAUGUCCCCAUCUACGUACCUCAGACCUGCUCCUGUGUAGUGCUACGUGUCCCUCGGUCCUUGACCCGGCAGCUGAUUUAUAACCAGAGGAGCUGGCACCGCAUGGAUCCGUUCUCAGCUUUAUUCCCAGCCCGUGCCUUCCAGAGACACGUGUAUCUCUCCCAGGGAGCCACUGAACAGCCGGCGGUGCUAACUCCAGCCUGACCGGAAGUACAGACUGGCGUCAUCUUCACAAUGCCCCCGCGGGCGGGCAGUGGGCUCGUCAUCCCCCAGUGACUGGCGUAGAGGCGGUGCAGGACGGGCAUGGUGGAGGAGGAGGGAGGGCAAGCCCCCGGCCCGGCCCACCUGUAGGCUAAAGCCUUGGGGGAGAACAUGAAGCAGAGAGGAAAGAGGAUGGAGAUGUAAGAAAGCCUUGGGCUUAGACGGGAACAGCGGUUGCCAUCCAGCAGGAAGGGAGGAAAGGGAAGUGGAAACUUAAGGCCUCACAGCCCCGCUGUCCCACAGACUUGGCCUCCUGCAGGGAGAUCCCCAGCCCCAUCCUGCCCGGAAGAGGAAGGGGUGUAGACAAGACAGAGGAAUAAGGAACAGGGUGGGAAGGGGCAGGGCCGUGGGUUUGGGUAGGUAAGGGCAUCACCCUGAGAUUUCUUCCCCAAUUGGAGGGGAGUGGGUCCAGGAGGAACUGGAAAGUGGAGCCAUUUCAGGGAAGAUAGCCCUUGCCCUUGUAGUCUCUGGCCACCCUCCCUGACACCUGAUGAUCGCGCACUUAAUCUUGCACUAAAAAUCCCCAGGUGCCUUUGGGGCCGGGGAUCUUUACGCCGCCGCUGCUGAAUUGACCAAUGGUGCAUUGGACGUUGGCUCUGGCGCUCCAGCAUCCAGCGAAGGAGGGGAGCACGGGGCUCCCCGCUGUGAGGAAGCACUCACGGGGGUGCGGCAGGGCCUGGGAGGCCAGUCCCCUGAGCCCAGUCUCCAUGCUGUGAUAGAGUCCAAGUCACAGCAUUUGGAGCUUCAGCGUCUACCCAGUGGGCCCUGCAUACGCCAAGAGCACACGCUUGGCAUUUAGGAGAAUGGAGCCCAUUGAGAACCUUCUGGGGGUUGAAGAGAACCCUUGCUCCACUCUUAAGAAAUCAGGAAGGGCAAAGACUUUCCAGUUAAUGGGCUGUGGCUUCUGGAUUCCAUACCUGCCCCUUGGGCCCUUGCUCAGGCCUACCACCUUUGGGAAAGGGCUGUAGGGAAUAGGUGAGAGCUACAGUUGGCUGGCUGGGGUGCUGGCUUGCUUUCUGGGGCCACUGUCACCCUUGGCCGUGGUACUGGUAGGCCCAAGCCAACCCAAACAGCUCUGCCACCUCUAUCCUCUUAAUGACAGGAGCCAACCCAGCCUACCCUGCCCUGCUCAUGGCUCCUCUGACCCUGGCCAGUGCCUGCCUUCGUUUGUUAAACUUCCACACCAUCUGCCUUAAGGGGGAGUGCCUAGUAUGGACCCUACCCUGUAGGGAAAUGUGUCGGGGGGGGGAGGGAAAUCAUUAAAUACAGCAUCUUCUUAGAAAACAAAGUGGCUCAUGUGUUUUCCUCAUCUCCCAUAAAGAUGGGAGAGGGGUGGGCUGAGGACCUAGGUUUCGCAUCUCUGUCCCUCAGUUGUCA